AUGGUUGGGGGCGAUUCUUCUUCGAAUAAAGUGGAGGACUGCUCGGAGACCUGCUCUUACAAGCCAGCUAAUAUGCAAAUCGUCAGAAUUUUGCUCAACGAUCAGUUGGGCAAAUUGAUUUGCCUGCACACCAAAUUUAACGACUCUCCGGACCAGGACGCUAUCGUUCUCCUUCAAAAGACCCCCUUUCCCAACGAUGUGCAGGCACUCUGUGAGGCUCGUCUAGGACUUCCUUUCUCUGAGGACAAGAAGCAAAAAGUGGAGGGGAAGGCGCAUAAAGGAUCAGAGGAGAGUCUUGUAUUCCCCGAGUGGAAAGCUGGCAGAGUUACAGACAAUGACAUCUACCACCGGCGUCUCGUGCAAGCCGGGCUCGAAGACCUAAACACCCUCAAUAUGACUGUGAUCCACCCUGCGGGACCACAACAUUUUGUCAAGUACACGGCUUCCGGACGUCGGUUGGUUCUCGAAACUCCAAAGAUCUACUCCGAGGUCGUUUUGCCCUUCCUGGCGGCCAAACCUGGCGACCUAGCCUGGGUAGACAACCUUCUAAAUGGGACAGCGGAGGUGGAUAAAGUGCUCUUCACUGAUCCGGACGAAUCCUUGGGCUUUACCUUGGCCGUUGAUUUCCGCUGGGAUGGGCGCCACAGCAGCGAUAGUAUUGCAGAGAAUAGGGCAGCAGUUACAUCGGCAAGCCUCAGUGAGGAUCAGAUUUUUGCCUACUUUCACUAUCCGCCCACCUUCUACCGACUGCAUAUGCACUUUGCGCAUGUGGAUUGUGCGCCCGAUGGUGGCACUCAGACGGGCAAGGCUUACCUCGCCGAGGACGUUAUCGCCAAUCUGGAGCAGGACGGGGAGUUCUACGCCCGCCGGACCAUGCCCAUCUUUCUGCGUGAGAACCAACCUUUGCUAGCAGAAAUUCGAAAGGCAACUUCAAUGACAGCAACGAGUCCCGAAAACAAACAAUGA